UUGCGUCCUGAGAGAAGUGGAGGGAGGGCAGACUGCCCUGUCCCGCCAACCCCUCUCAACCUGCAGGAUUCCAGAGGCCGGAGAUGGGCGCCCGGCCCUCGCGGCGGCGGCUGCCCCCGGACCCGCCCAUAGCCUUGGACGCGCUGCCUCCGGAGCUGCUGGUGCAGGUGCUGAGCCACGUGCCGCCGCGCGCGUUGGUGACGCGUUGCCGCUCAGUGUGCCGCGCGUGGCGCGACGUGGUGGAUGGGCCCACCGUGUGGUGCUUGCUGCAGCUGGCCCGCGACCGCAGCGCCGAGGGCCGCGCGCUCUACGCGGUGGCCCAGCGCUGCCCGCCCAACAGCAAGGAGGAGUUUCCGCUCUGCGCCCUGGCGCGCUACUGCCUGCGAGCGCCCCUCGGCCGCAACCUCAUCUUCAACUCCUGCGGAGAGCAGGGCUUCAGAGGCUGGGAGGUGGAGCACGGCGGGAAUGGCUGGGCCGUGGAAAAGAAUCUAACAGUGGUGCCGGGGGCUCCUUCCCAGACCUGUUUCGUGACUUCUUUCGAAUGGUGCUUCAAGCGGCAGCUUGUGGACUUGGUAAUGGAGGGGAUGUGGCAGGAGUUGCUGGAUAGCGCCCAGAUCGAGAUCUGUGUGGCUGACUGGUGGGGUGCCCGGGAGAACUGCGGCUGCAUCUACCGGCUUCGGGUCCGCCUACUGGACGUGUACGAAAACGAAGUGGUCAAGUUCUCCGCCUCACCCAACCCGGUCCUUCAGUGGACUGAGAGAGGCUGCCGGCAGGUCUCCCACGUCUUCACCAGCUUUGGCAAGGGCAUCCGCUACGUGUCUUUUGAGCAGUACGGGAGAGACGCACGUGCCUGGCGGGGCGCUCCGGGCACGGGGCGCUCCGGCGCCCUUGUGACACACUCCAGCGUGAGGGUUCGGAUCCGCCUGUCCUAGCCCGCCAGCCGGAUCAGGCCUUGCAGGACCUACUGCCAUCUGCCGGAUAUCAAUGCCAAUCAAGGGCGCCUUUGCAGCUGGGAGCCAGAGGAUGCCCAGGGACAGCGU